AAAUCAUAUUCAAACCAAAAACCCUAAAAUCUCUCAAAUCUUCUCCAAACACAAAAAUGGUUAACCCUAAAGUCUACUUCGACAUGACCGUCGGCGACAAGCCCGCCGGACGCAUCGUGAUGGAGCUUUACGCCGACACGACCCCAGAGACGGCUGAGAACUUCCGUGCUCUCUGCACUGGCGAGAAAGGUAUCGGCAAAUCCGGAAAGCCUCUCCACUACAAGGGAUCAGCCUUCCACCGUGUGAUCCCCAAGUUCAUGUGCCAGGGAGGAGAUUUCACCGCCGGGAACGGAACCGGAGGAGAGUCGAUCUACGGCAUGAAGUUCAAGGACGAGAACUUUAUCAAGAAGCAUACCGGUCCCGGUAUCCUGUCCAUGGCUAACGCUGGUCCCAACACGAACGGAUCUCAGUUUUUCAUUUGUACUGAGCAGACAUCGUGGCUCGAUGGGAAGCAUGUUGUGUUCGGACAAGUUGUUGAAGGGAUGGAUGUUGUUAGAGACAUUGAGAAGGUUGGAUCUGACAGUGGAAAGACUAAGAGUAAGGUUGUGAUCGCUGACUGUGGCCAGCUUUCUUAGAUCUGAUGAGAGAAAGAGAGAGGUUGUUCCAAUGGUAGCUUUGUGUUUUUCUUUUCUUUCUGUUGUGUUUUUUUUUUGUUCUUGUGUUCUUCUUCGUUUGGAUCUCUGUGUUUUUCUGUCUGGCUACCAUUGAAUAAUAAUGAGAAUGAUUAAUCUUACUGUUCUAGUUAAAUCUGUUUUAACAUUAUUAUCAAACAUGUCAUUCGGAGAAAUGUCGAGCUCUAAAUAAAAUAAAAAUGUCAAAUGUGUGGAAAAGUUGUUAUGAGUGAACUUAUACGUUAGUAGAUAAUGACAUGUUGUAUAGUUUUUUGUUCGGAUCUUGUUGUUUCUGGCUACCAUUUGAAUAGUUA